CUCUCUCUCUCUUCUCAUUAUCCACUGGAUCCCAAAUCACUUUCUCUCUCUACUGUUUAUCUACGCGCUCUGCUCCCGCGUCCCUUUCAAAUCUCUACUAUAAAAGGAACCCUCCUUCGUAUUUCUAAAACCUACUUCACCUUGCUCCGCGCCCCAGUUUGGUUUCAAUGGCUUUAACCCUGAUUAUCUCUGCAACUCGCUUCGAACCCUAAUUUUAUUUGCGUCUCUUUACAGACUCUCGUUUGCUCUUCAAGUCUCCUCAAUCCCUGAUUUUCUCUGCAAUUUCAGUCCUCGAAACCAUUCCAGUCCUUGAAACCCUGGUUUUCUGUGAGAAAAUAUCUUCAAAACCUACAUUUUCUGCUUCUUCGUUCAAAACCCUAAUUUUCUCUGAAAAUCUCUCUUCCUCUCAAGCAAUGGCUUCCAAUCCUGGACCUUCUUCAAGUGCCUCCUCUUCCCAUUUGCUCGAGCAACCCGUGCUUUCUUCUGAGCCAUUGGAUUCUGGAGGGGACUUUCAGGAAGGGGUUCCGGCCAUUCCUCAGCCUUUGGAAUCACUGCAAGGAGUCCCAAUACCACCGUUCCUCACAAAAACCUACGAUUUGGUUGAUGAUCCAUUGCUGGAUCCAGUGGUGUCAUGGAGUCGUAGUGGUGAGAGCUUCGUGGUCUGGGACCCCAUGGAAUUUGCAAGGACUGUUUUGCCAAGGCAUUUCAAGCACAACAACUUCUCUAGCUUCGUUCGCCAGCUUAAUACAUAUGGUUUUCGAAAGAUUGACGCAGAUCGUUGGGAGUUUGCGAAUGAGGGUUUUCUUCGAGGGCAGAGGCACCUAUUGAAGAACAUUCACAGGAGAAGGUCUCAACAAAUGCAACAGAUUGGUCACCCUUUGGGGUCUUGUGUUGAAGUUGGGAAAUUUGGCUUGGAAAAUGAGAUUGAAAGGUUAAGAAGGGACAAGAAUGUUUUGAUGCAAGAGGUUGUGAAACUUCAGCAGCAACACCAAAUGACAAAUCACCGUCUGGAGACCAUGAAUCAGAGGAUUCAAGUUGCAGAGCAAAGGCAGAAGCAAAUGGUUUCCUUUCUUGCGAAGUCUUUGCAAAAUCCAGCUUUCUUGGCUCAAAUUUUUCAGCUAAGAGAAAACCAGCAAGUUGACUCUAGGGGGAGAAAGAGGCGAUUCAUCAAGCAUCAGCAAGCUGGACCUAGUUCCUCUGCCUCAUCUGAGGAAACCCAACUUGUGAAAUACAAGGCUGAGUCAGGUGACUCUCCCUCACCUUUGGCAAGUCAAGGCCUACUUGCUGAAUUGGCUAAUGAUAUAUUAGGAGAUUUGGAUGGUCAAGAAGAAUUUGAUUUAGGAGAAGCAAAAACUUGGGAUAUUGCUCAUGUAGGAGGGAAAGACGAUGAAUCUAUUGCACUGGGGAGAAAACCAGAACCAGAACCAGUCCCAGUCUUCAAUCCUGGUCUUCCAUUUCAUGAUCCUAGUGACAUGUUGCUUAUGGGGAAGAAUGUUAUGACCUCUCCAACUGAUGAAAGCUCAACUGGUGCCAAAUACUUUGUAUCCUUUCCUGAUCAUUUGUCACCUAAGAUAUUUUCAGAACUGAUGUCUCCUGCUGAUUUCCUUAUGAAACAAGAAGACUUACCAGAUGUGGGUUUUAGCGGAAGUGAUCCUACUUCUACUGUUCCUGUUUGGGAAGAUCUCUUCUACUAUGAGGGUCAAGAACUGGAUGAUGCAGCUGGUGUUUCCAAUUUUUGGAACGUGGGUUCACAGCAAAGAGUUGAAGGUUCGGGAACCAACCAAUUGAAUGAGUCUUCUUUAGAUGAUCUUUCAAAACAAAUGAAACAGCUUACGAAAGAUCACAAUGAAGACACAAAUACCUAGGCCUUUAGUGAUAGCAUCUUUGGCACACUUUGCUGAUCUCCUCUCUCUAAUUAGUGGAUAUAUCUAUAGCUUGGAUGGCUGCCCUUUAGGGUAGGCCUACGUUUCAUGGUUCAUUCACUGAUGAAAGUUUUGAGUGGUGGAACUCUGCAGGUUAGUUGACAAACCAUUUCUCUUUCGUUUGGAGUGUGGGAAAGAGCACGCAGGUUUCUCACCCAUUCUACUGUUUUAAGAAUCAAUAUUCUCUUCUUUUCUGGUAAGACUAUUGAGGGCUUGUUCUGCAUUUACUAAUGGCAUAUGGAUACUUAAGCCAUGCACACUCUGCCUUCUCCUUCUUCUUCAUGUGCAUCCAUUGUGGAAAGUGUUUGAUAGUAGUAAUUUGAAUGAUUGGGUGCUGUGUGUGAUGAAUAUUCACUGUUUGAAAGUAACACACUUUCAUGGAUGUGCUAGUUGAAUUUCUGGUUUGCUAAGUUCCUUUAUGAGCAGGAGAUAUUUUUUAAUUAUAGAUUUCUUUGUGAGUAUAUUCCUCUAUGUUAUUUGGAAUGCAACUUGCAAUCUUUUUAUGGGCUGUACUGGUCUUUCUUACAUGGCAAUCAAAUAUUUUUUCCCCUGAAACUUCAAAAGAACUUAUUGAUUUGUAUUAAGAUUCCGUCUGCCUAUUGUCAUAUAAACUUCAAUGGCGGUCUUUAAGGUUGAAAGAGAAAUUCGUUUCAAUUCUUCAAUUUUUAGGCCACUAUACACCUUGAUGACUACCGCUAUAUCUCUUGAUGACUUGGUAUCUGAUUAUUUCCUUGUUAUAUUUGACUAUCAUAAUCAUUAUAGGGGAGACUUUCUAUGUGUCUAACCACAUAUUUUAUAUGUUGCCAUGGACUCCCCACAGUCUGAUUUAAUUGGAUGUGGGAUAGUUUAUUGUAUAAAAGUUCGCUAUAUUGUGGGACUGGCUUUCAGCCAGUAAUUUUAAAUCCCUUGCCAAACUGUCUCACUCUUCCUCUUGAAACCCCUCCCUCUUUCAAACAAAAUGCUGGAAAAGCCACUACAGCAAAGGUUUUUUCCAGGAAGUAAUUGGAAAUUACAGGGGCUAAUCUUUUUGUCAGAAUCUUAUCAGGAUCUUUUCUAUUUCCUUGAUGAAUUGUCAAAAGUUUGAACUGCAAAAAAUAGCUGAAUUUUGGCUGGAAUAUCGACUGUAUCCUUUCCUUGUGAUUUUCAGCCAAAACCUUGUGAUUUUUAGCCAGAACAAUGAAAAAUAUAAAGCUGGUUUUAUCCAGAACCUUGUGAGAAAAUCUCCAUUUUCUUAGAAGUCUCAAACCUCAAAAGGUUGGCAGCUGAUUUUUGGUUAGAAUCUCUAAUACAUCUCCAUUCCUGUAUCAUUAGCAGAGGUUUCACCUACAAAAGUUAAAAAACUGACCCCUAAGAAUCCAGAGAGGGAUGAGGCCUCUGAAUUUGGGAAGGUUGUUUUGUGCUUAUGUUUAAUGUUUUCUUGCGAGUGUUUGGCCACAAGAGUAGCCAUAAAAGAGGAGGUCUGGGUAUUUUUGUCACUGGGUUUUGAGAUUUUUGAAAGAGUUUUGGGGUGGCGAGGGGGACUCGAAACUUAGAAAUAAGUAACUGUCAAACCUGGUUCCAAAUGCCCAUGCGGGUUUGCCACAUCAUGUAAAGAGCUAUCCCUGCUGUCUGAUCAAAAUUGAUUGGUGGAAAAUAUGUGUGGCUGGGAUCAUGCAUAAUGUUUUCCCAUCAUUAUAAUCUAUGUUUUGAUAUCAUUAUCAUUACAACCGUUGUUAUUGAAAAAACUUUUUCACAAUUAUUGUUUAUAAUUUUGUUAUGAUGCCCGGUUCAUGCAACUCCAAUCUUUCCUUCCACUUGUACAUAAUUUGAAGUACCUUUUUCUCUGUCCAAGAAUGUUUGAUCCUAAAAGUGUAAUGUGCUUGUUACCCAAAAAAAGGACAAACAAAAGUGUAUGCACUUGUUGAAUGCAAUAAUCCUGCUUUAAACAGUGAUAAAUUCUUCCUGUGCUGUAAUGCGUUGAUUUUAUAGUGCUCAAAUUGAAGGUGAACAGAUUUACUAAAAGAAACUAUGUUAAUUCCCACGAAUCUAUGAAUGCAUAUAUUAAUGCUGCAUAAGAAAGACGGCAUUGCCUGCUAUAGCUCUCUCCUGAUGGCUUCCAAGGGCUUAAUGCUCUUUAAAUUCAGACCCUGUCCUGGGCCUAUAACGUUUUUGGGUCCUCUCAUUGAUAGUGUGAUGGUUUCCUGUAUUUACUUUUUUAUUGAAUCCACUACCUGAUAAAACUCCCCAACCAGGUCGUUCCUUUGUUUUAUUCUCUCCUUUCACUAAAUCACAGCCUAGGCCAAAUCUUUUGGAGUAUACAUCUUCUCUCCUUGAAAUGGCCCUGUAACAUAUGGAGUUAUGUUUAUUCAAUGCCCUAUAACCUGCCAACAUGUGACAACAAAGGGUUGCAGGACUCUUUCCCGCUGGUUUUCUAAUACCCAUUCCUUAAUAUCUAUUAUAAUCACUGUUACCAUUUGGUCUAACAGAUUACUCGUGCGUUUAUUUUGUGAUACGUCUUAUCGUGGUUGUUGUAUGAUUCUAAGGGCAGCCUCUUCAUUGCCCCUUUCUUUAUAUGCUCAAAGGCAUCCCUCCUUUAGAUGCAAUUGUAUUGUGGAACGAAUAUCAACUGUGGGAUCACCUUGUGUAAGAUGCAGUGGCGUUUACUGUAACAUUCAUUAUCUAAGUGCGGUGUUCUUUUUGGUCUUGUAACAAAAGGAAAAAGUAGAAUCGAAAGUAACAAAUUCUACUUUUAACGUUUCUUUAUUUUUUUUAUUUUAUUUUUUAUGCUUCAGUCAUUCAACCCAAGAGGUGUAUGAUAGCAAUCUUUUAUUUUCUAUUGAAAAGAUUUGUCUUGACGUUGUUUUAUCAUGUGAUUUUUGUUCACCAUACUUUUAAUUUCAUUGAUACUUGAUGUUUUUUACUUUGACAAACUGGCAAAUCAUUUUGAUGUUAUGUGACUCACAAAAUCAAGGUAUAGGUAUUUGUUGGUUUAAGUAUUUAGGGUACCAAACAGAAAACAGAACAAUCCAGUUAUGGUCUGUGGUAUCUACCUGGUCGGUUCAACCAUCAUUCUAUUAACAACGAUUGUUUAGUUAAAAUUUAUCAUUCCUAGGAAACAACAUAAGAAAUAAAAAAUGAUGUUUAGGGACAAGUCUAUGAUCGAACAGUUGUAAAUUUUUGCCCCUUGUCUGGGUUUUCUUCUUUUUAACCAAGCCCAAUUGAUAUGGUCUUCUGAUUGUUGGCUGAGGUAGAUGUUAACCUCCGCCCCCUUCUUGGAAAUGAAAAUGCUCUUGACCUUUUUCCAUCCGCUGUAGCUCUUGUUUGGACCACAAACAAAGAGGUCAUGCAUUGCAGUAAUAACCAAAGGAGGAUUGCAAUGUGAUGUGAUAUCCAUCAGUUUCUUAGAAGCUAAGAAGAUCCAGUGGACCAAAAAAAAGACCUUACCAUGAUUGAUGGUAGUUUUGCACACUAAGAACAUAUUGCCCCAAAGCUGAUAAAGAAGAUGUGGGUCUUGUCCAUGUCGUCUUAUUCUUCGUUUGUUUCUCCCAACCCCAAUCCCCUCCUCGCCCCCCCCCACCCCCCCUUCUCCACGGUUGUUUCUUUUGCUCCAGCCCCUUGGUCAUUCAAGUGCACCUGGAAUGAGUGGACUUAUCUAUGUGCCAAGAACUGUAUAAAUCUAGAAGCAUCGAGAAAAUCAGUUUGUAAACCGUCCAUUAAGAAACAGUGAUCACAUCAAGGGAUGUAGACUCCCUUGCCACACCUGCAUAGGUGAAUCAAGGCGACCCGAUUGUUACCCCUGAACUGUGCUGUUAGGUGAAUGGCAUGAUACACAAAAUGAUAUUUGUACAGCAGAGUGAAUUUGUCAAAUAGGAGAAUUACAUUACUUCUUUUGAAUAGUAGUACAUUACUUUGAAGCAGUUUCAUGCAUACUCCUAGUAAAGAAAUGGUUGUUUUUCUUUGUUCUCUCUUGUUUUUUGUUAACAAUCAUCUACUUACAUUUGCAUUCUGCAAUAGGAUUUCUAAAUACAAACUUUAAGAGCUAUGGUGGGUUUGGAGGUUUGCCUUGUGUCACAUUUAAAAUUACCCCUGUUGAAAUAUGUUAAUUUAAAAAAUAACACACUUCAAUUGAAAACCAUACCAAUUUUAUUUUCAAACUUCUCUUAUAUUGUACAAUUAGUCUUGUUCAUAAGUACACAUGUAAUUUUAGGUUUCAUGUCAUCCUUAAAUUGGAGAAAAUAGUGAAAUUUGAAUAAAAACUUAUUUCUCAAUGCUAACUAAAAAAAGUUCAAACUUUUAUAUUCAUGUUUAAGUUUAAAAUAUUUUAGAAACUGUAAUUUUUGUUUCUAAGAUCUGAAAAACUCUAAAAAUCUUAUUCUGAAAUUACUCCUAUAUCCAAAUGACCAAUACUUAUAGGUUUCACUUAAUCGUAGAUGAAAUUAUUUUAUUUGAACUGAAUUUCUUAUUUAUAUAUUAACUAAGGGUUUUGUUAGGCUACACCACUUGGUCAUGUAUACCUUUAAAGUCCUCAUCAUUUUUUUGACACUUAGAUACCCUUAUCCUAUAGUGUAAUAACUUUUUGUCUAGGGGUAUUCUAAGUACUUAGCAAAGGGUAAAUUAGAAUUUCUUAAUAGAAACAAAAGCAUUUAUUAACAAUAUUGGAGAAUGACGCCAUCGGCAUGGUGUGUGACAUCACCCACAACAUACAUUAAUUGUUUUUUUAACUACUAAUAGAAUUCC